GAGGGAGGAAGCAACAAGCGGAACCCUUCUGCCGAGGCCCAGCUCCGCCAGAGGGCCUGUACGAACGCACAUCUAGGCCCAUGGAGGCAGAUGAGACCUCCUGCUCCUCACCCCCACAGCUCCCCAGCGAGCACCACCCCAGCCUCGACAGCCCAGCGGCUGCGCCCCGGGCUCACCGCGCUGCUCGGCGCCGCACCGCCUCCCGCGGGGAGGGACAGCACUGCCGCGGGGGGGGGCGGAACUCCCGCGGUUCCCGGCCGCCUGCGCAUGCGCCCGCCGCAGCUGCGCGCCCGCCGCUGGCCCCUCCGCCGCUGGGGGCGCUGCCGCCGCUGGCCCCUCCGCCGCUGGGGGCGCUGCCGCCGCCGGAGGGCGGUGCUCGCUGGGGGCCGCGCCGGGAUCGUGAUGGCGGCGGCGGCAGCGGCCGGAGGCGGGGGAGAGCGGAGCAGCACUCGGGACCGGCUCCUGGCGGCGCUGGAGGAUCUUGAGCUCUUGGCCAGGGAACUGAUUGAAAUUUUGGCAAUUUCAAGAAACCAGAAGAUUCCACAACCAGGAGAGGAGAGCCAGAUCCUGGAACUGCUGAUUCAGAGAGAUGGAGAGUUUCAAGAGCUAAUGAAGCUGGCAGUUGAUCAGGGCAAAAUACAUCAUGAAAUGCAGCUUUUAGAAAAGGUGGUAGAAAAGAGAGAUAAUGAUAUUCAGCAGCUGCAGAAACAGCUCAAAGAAGCAGAGCACAUACUGGCAACAGCUGUUUAUCAAGCAAAAGAAAAGCUGAAAUCAAUUGAAAAGGCAAGAAAAGGUGCCAUUUCCUCUGAAGAAAUAAUUAAGUAUGCCCACAGGAUCAGUGCUAGCAAUGCUGUCUGCGCACCUCUGACCUGGGUACCAGGGGACCCACGUAGGCCAUACCCUACAGAUCUGGAAAUGAGGAGUGGUCUCUUGGGUCAGAUGAAUAACCCAUCCACCAAUGGAGUUAAUGGACAUUUACCAGGGGAUGCACUUGCAGCAGGCAGACUGCCAGAUGUGCUUGCUCCUCAGUAUCCUUGGCAGUCAAGUGAUAUGUCAAUGAACAUGCUACCUCCCAAUCACAGCAAUGACUUCAUGUUGGAGCCUCCAGGACACAAUAAAGAGAACGAGGAUGAUGUAGAAGUUAUGUCAACAGACUCCUCAAGCAGCAGCAGUGACUCAGAUUAGGUACAAGAGGGGCAGUAUCCAUAGCAGACCUUUCCUGUGGUGAAGAUGCCUUGAAAGAAGUAUGUGAUAAAUCAGUCCUUCCUUAUUUACUCAGACUAUCUUGCAACUACUGCUCUCAGAAACACUGCUAUAUAUGAGCACCAUAUGUACAAGUCCCAUAAGAAGAUGAGGACUCCUAAUACAGGGCAGUUGGAUUUUUUUCAAUGAGAAAUUGAGAAUUUGGUUUUGUCUCAGCUGUUCCUUUUGGAACUAUUUUCAGAGUUACUAAUAUUUCAACUCUAUUUUGCAGUCAAAAGUUAUUAAUAUACAUAUACAUUUUAAUCUUUACUCAGUAUCAACUUUUUCUGCUUGGUGUUUACCCCUCAUGUCUUUAUACAGGGAACUGUAUUUCCUCUUUUAAUCUAUGUUAAUACCAAUACAUCUAAGAAUCACCCUAGCUAACCUUGCCUACAGCUGUUCUAGUUCAGGUUGCCUUUUCUUGAACAUGUACAACCAUGAUCAUACACAAUACUGCAAAAUGCAAUUUCUUAAUACUUUGUGCUACGGGAUGGGUGUUUUUAACUUAAAUGCUCCUCCCUUAACACAUUUUAUGACAGAGCCACAGCUUGCUGGUCUCUUUUGACUUCUCAUUUACAAGGGCAUUCUUUUCUUGGAAUCAGAUACAAGUAGAGGUAAUUAAUACUCAUGGAAAGUGUAAUACACAGUCUGCCCCAAAUUCCUACAUGGUUAUACCACCUGAUUCCCUCAUUGAAAUGCUGUCCUGGUGGGUGAUUGUUUCUAGCCAUAAAUAACAGCAAAGGGAAGCAGUGACCACUCUUGGUUUUGCAUUGCUUGCUAUGAGACCUAUGUGUAACACCUAAGAAGAAAGAAGACAGCACUGCACGCUAUUCACUUAGCAUAAAAUCAAACUCUGGGUCUAAGAGGGUUGUUAACCAGACUUUUUACAUUGGUGCUCCAAAUGCCAUUGGAUAAUACCAUUUUAGGUGAAUUUACUACAAGCAGUUUAAUAAACUACAAUGUUUUAACUGUG